AUGCCGGUCGAUUAUAGUAAAUGGGACGCACUGGAACUCAGUGACGACUCCGACAUUGAAGUGCAUCCUAAUGUCGACAAGCGAUCGUUUAUCCGCGCGAAGCAGAAUCAGAUUCACCAGGAGCGACAGCACCGAAAGUUGCAAAUCGAGACCUACAAGUAUGAGCGUGUGGUCAACGAUGGAUUGCUGAAGCGAAUUUCUGGGCUUCUGGCAUCGCUGCGAGCCCAUGCCUCCGAGGCUGUCACCAGGAACCCAGCAGAAGUUGCCUUUCAAGCCGUGAUGGAAUCAGCCGGAGAUCCAAAAGAUGACAAGCCGCCUUCACCGCCCGAGGGUGUUCAUGCCCAGGAGAAGGAACAACCAUCAUACACUAAGAUGAUGGCAACGCUCCUGGACCAAGUCAAUAAGGCUUUGGAUGAGAAGAAACCGGAAAACAGAUACGAAGCUAUGAUUUCUGAGAUUCAGUCACACGAGGAUAAGGUAAUGGACCUGCAGAAACAGCUAGUAGUUAAGUUGGAGGAGUUGCAGAAGGAGGAAGGCCGAAAGAUCACAAGCGAGGGCAUUCACACAGGUUUUGAUAGCUCGCAUGUCGCCAAGUCAAAGCCAGAAGAGAAGAAGGACUCCACAAAGGUAGAGCUUCUGAAUCCUAGUUUCACUGAAACCUCCACCAGCUCGGCACCCGGAAACCAAGACGUCAAGGUGGACGAUGACAGCGAUAUCGAAUCUUCCCCGGCUGGAAAGAAAUUCGGCGCCAUCAAGGCAAAUGACUAUGCGGCUAGUCUCCAGUUCCUGUCGCAGAAUCCUCAGUUGUUGGUUGAGAGGGAGACAGAUGGCCUUUUGGUUCAGGCCUUUGACGCUGCUCUGGAGAACAAUGAUGAGUUGUCGCGGCAAUUGGUGCAUCAGGCUCUGCUUCUACAAUACUGCAGAGCUCUUGGCAAGGAUGGUGUCGGGCUUUUCUUCAAACGCAUCACAACCAAAGGGCACCAAGCACAGGACGUAUUCUAUAAGGAUGUUCAAGACACAUAUAUGAAGAUUCGAACACGUUCAAGGGAGAUCUUAGCCGAGCGAGCCAAAGACGGGCAAGCCGAAGGUGUCGAGCAAAUUCAGCUACAUGCCGUGGAGCCUGGUACCGUCAUCAACAUCAAGGUUCCUUCAGCGGACAGCGAGGACCCUGAAGAGCAGGAAGCGCGGAAGAUUUUCGAAAGCUUCAAGCCUGAUAUGCGCAAGGCCUUGGAGACGGGCAACUUGGACGAAGUGAACAAAGUGCUCGGUGAAAUGAAGAUUGACGAGGCUGAGGAACUCGUGGGUCUCUUUGGCGAGGCCAACAUUUUGAGCCUGGAAGAAGAAAUCAUUGACGCUACAACAGAGGAGGGGAAACAGCAGUUGAAAGAGAUUGAAGCCGCGGCUUCUGUCGACAAGAAAGAAGAAUACGGUGAUCCUGAGUGA